ACAUGGCGGCGCCCUGUGUCGACACACUUAGGGCAAAUUCACUUUAGCUUCAGACUCUCCCUGAGUGUCAGUACUGACAGUUUGGACACAUGGUAUUUUGAACUGCAGCAACAGCAUGUGGACGAGCCGCAAAACAGCAGGAGCGACUCUGAAAAUCCUCAAACACGUCCAGCGCUGCUGUGUCCUCCGGGUGCUGCAGAGGGAGGCUGAUGGGCAGCGGCGUCUCUGUAGGUGCAUGUCCUCAUCAGGACCCCCGUGGAGGCUCUUGUUCUUUGGCUCUGAUCAGUUUGCUGUGGAAUCUCUAAAGCUCCUCGCAUCCAGCAGGAGCUCCAGUGAUGAGGUAGUGGACUCCCUUGAAGUUGUAACUUUGCCUGGUGAUGUCCCCGUGAAGAGGUUUGCUCUACAGAACCAGCUUCCAGUCCACAGCUGGCCCCCUGACAACGUGGAUGGACGGUUUGAUGUUGGGGUGGUGGUGUCUUUUGGCUGUUUACUUCCUGAGAGACUAAUCAACAAGUUUCCAUAUGGGAUUUUGAACGUUCACCCCAGCCUGCUGCCGAGGUGGAGAGGUCCAGCACCCGUCUUCCACACCAUUUUGCAUGGUGACACUAUGACGGGAGUCACCAUCAUGCAGAUCCGCCCCCGCAGGUUUGACGUGGGCCCCAUUCUCAACCAAGAGCUCCAUCAGGUCCCUGAGAACUGUACUGCUGAUGAGCUUGGAGAUAUCCUAGCCACUAAGGGAGCACAUCUGCUGAUUGAUACGUUGAGGACACUGCCUGAGAAAAUAGCACAUAAAAGGGAGCAGACACAGACAGGUGCAACAUUUGCUCCAAAAAUCAACACUUCCAUGAGCUGGGUGGUGUGGGAGGAACAGAGUUGUGACCAAAUCGAUCGUCUAUAUCGUGCCAUCGGAUCCCGGGUACCCUUGAGGACCACAUGGAUGGGCAGGACAAUAAAACUUCUCGAUUUUGUAGGAAAAUAUCACAUUUCAUUAUCAGAUCCAACAAGGAGACCUGUCCCUGGCUCAGUGACCUAUCAGAAGGAGUCCAAUACUUUGGCUGUCUGCUGUAAGGAUGGCUGGGUGGGAUUCAAGGCAGUGCUCCUGAAGAAAAGACUGACAGCGGCUGACUUCUAUAAUGGCUACCUGCAUCAGAACCUGAAAAAGACAACACCCUGCCGGACAGAGGGUGGACUGUUUGUUAGCAGAAAAGGAGGAACUGAUGCUUCACAUCAGAAGAGGGAAAACUCAGUGUUGUGAUGUUACAACAGUAAUUUUAUUCCCUGAUGUGAACACUGCACACACAACCUCAUCGAAUGGAAUUUACUUUUAGCUUUUACUCUUGUCUGUUUUAAGACAUUUGCAUCGACAGUACAUUUACUGCAUUCAUGUAUUUGUGCUGUAUAUUUGCAAUAAAUUAAUGUGCUCUUGAUUGACAGAGGCUAGGAACAAUCAUGAAAACAGUCUUCUCAACUGUAAUGUCAUUGAGCAGCAAUGUUUGAUUUUAAAAAGUGCCUAUAGGAAGAGUAAGUGUUGACCCAUGGUAACAUAUCAGUGGCCAAGGAGCUCAGCUAUACACACAUUAUCACAAGACUGUACACAAACUACAGUUUAUAGUUUAUUUACUCGUUGACAGUGUUCUGGUAGUGGCUGGAUCUUUGUCAGCUAUGACUGAUGCAGCAGAGGUUUAGUGCAGUUGGUUUGCAGAUGUUUGGUAUUUACAUACCGAACCACAAACCUCUAGAAAAUGCUACAUCCUGAAGUGUGGGGCCAAAAGCACAUUAGGAAAAUCAUGUUAAGUUGACGGGGGCAAAAAUCCAUCUUUAUAUAUA